AUGCUCCCUGAAGAAAAUUCUCGAGACAAUUCAGAGUCUUAUAACUUCUCUGAAACUUUAACAAGGAACCUUAGUAAAUUGUCUAUCAGCGCUGGCACCACUCACUAUGCAAAAACAGGCUGGCAAGACUGCGUGCGAUAUAUUAUAAUCAAGAAACUUCAGCGUGAAAGAGAGGAAGAAGAAGAAGACGACGACGACAACAACACUGGAUUUGAGGAAACUCAGGGUAAAUCAAGAAGUAAACCAUUCAGAUGCAGGUGUAAUUUCUGCGUGCUUUACAAAUGGGAUCCUUCAGAAAAUGCUAAAAUAGGGAUGUGAUGAUGGCAUCCUGCCCAUUUUACCAUGAACCUUAUUCUUAUGCUUUUCUUUUUUUUGAUGGUAAUUUUAUGAAGCAAGUUGAAAGCUUUGUUAGGAUAGA